AUGGCUCGCCUCAAACACCCACGAAAUUGCCCCCACGCCGUCUUAUUUACCGACAAGUCUCCACAUGCUUCGGCCAUCUCGUACUACCAACGCCCAUCCAGAGAAGAACGUUUGGCAGCAGCCACUCUUGCGAAUAAAAAAAGCUCAUCACCGACUUCAAGUGAUGAAGAGCCUCCAAUCUCGGCCUUCCCUGGCGUGAACCUCACACCGCAAGACGCCCUUGAUUUGGACCCAAAGGAACAACCACAAAGCCUCAAGUCUUUUGCACGAGAAAGUCACCGCAACUCGGUCACCACAAGGAGAAAAACUCUCUACAUCGUCGAUAGCCCUUCGCUAGCUCCUGAUGCUGCUUGUAUGAGCGAUUGGGUGAAACCACAGACGGCUGUGGGUACCAACUCAGAACUUGAGCACGACAAGCCAAGGGCAGACGAUAUCGCCGAGUACAUCGGGGCGUUCUAUCACGGACUUGACGUCAAAGUGCUCCAUAAUCAGUGCGUUCUUACGCGCUGUCGAUUGUCUAGCUCCAAGAGUCGUCAAGCUGACAAUCGAGGAAAUGUUGAUCUUGUCAUCGACAAUGGGACGCCUACUCGAGUCGACUUUCGUGCGUCUGGCGACGGUGUUGCCAAAGGUCAGCUCAAUCUCUCGCACAUGCUUGACGGGUUGUUGGCGAAUGUGCCAAAGGAUGCUUUUGCUGUCAUACUCUUAACGCACUUUGACCUUUACGAAGACGAAGAAGACGACUUCUGUGCUGGGCGUGCAUUCGGGGGCUCUCGGAUCUGCAUCGUCUCAACGUUUCGAUACAAUCCCGUGUUGGAUGAACACAACAAGGUUGAUCACGCCCAUAGCUGGCCGGCGUCUCAUUGCCAGGCUUACGUGAAUGGUCUUUGGGAAAAGGAUGAGCCCGAACUCAAAGGGAGGCACAAAGAGUUUGACCCCACGGUGAUGAUUCGCUGCAACAGCACAUCCGAUGCACCUCUUGCGGCUGCUGUAACAAUGUCACGAGGCAUACUGGUACCUAAGACACCGGCUGACUGGAAUGGGCUUUGGCUAACCAGAGUGUGUCGCACCGCGGCCCAUGAGCUGGGACACUGUGUGGGCAUGGGCCACUGCGUGUACUACGCGUGUAUGAUGCAGUCGACGGCAAACAUAGCUGAUGACGUGCGCCAGCCGCCAUAUCUUUGUCCCGUUUGCGAAGCUAAGGUGGCAUACACCAUCCGUGGAGAAGCGGUAAAAUCGAGUCGAAACGUGGAGAUGAGGCGAAAACUGGAGACCCAGUGGGUUGUAGAGGCCCAUCGGCGGAUGAGAGACUACUGUGAAGAGCGUUCACAUAUCGGUAUGCUGAAGGCGUAUGGCGCGUGGUUGACGGCGAGGUUGACGCAGAUUGAGAGUCAAAGAGACAAGGACGACGUUGAGGUCAUUAUCAUCGAUUCGGAUUAA